UUGUCACAUCAUGUGUUCCGAAAUACUGCGGAGUUCAAGUGCGUUCCGUAACGCAGCAUCAGGUGAGUACUCUAUGCCGAGGUUAUCACUGCUCCUUGAAUAAAAUGGCCACAACCACAAACAAGAUAGUGACUAACUAACCUACAUAACUAUCUAAGAAUCAAGACGCACAUCUUGGCAUAGAAAAAUGGUCGACUCUUUAUCAAAGUACGGACUUUAUAUCGACGAUCUCUGUAAAAUUUGCGUCUUGGAGCCCGAGGUUGCCAAUCAAACUAACAAAUUGAAAGAUGAAUGUCAAAAUUUUGUAUCAAAAAUCAGCGACUUUCAGAAGAACUCUGAAGAGUUUAUUCAACUUAUCGAUGGCUUGGCGAAUGAGGUAGAAAAGGAAAGAAUGCGCACCAUUGGAGCUCGAAAUCUAUUACGAUCUAUUACAAAGCAGAGGGAUGCUCAAAAACAACAAAUACAGGCCUUAAUUAUUGAGAAGUCAAUGGAACUUGAGCGUUUAAGGAUACAAUUUGAUUCGUUGAAGAAAAUAGAACUAGAGCAGUUGGAAACGAUUGAGCAUUUAACAACUAAUUAAGAAAACACGAUUUAUGCUAAGCAUAAAAAGAGGAUAUAUCAUUUAAGGCCAUAAAAGAUUUGAUAAAAGGCAGAAGCAGUCAAAUAUAAUGAAAUAUAAAUGGUAGAGCCUUGUUACUAAUGGACAACUACGGUGCAUAAUAUCAAAGAUUUAAAAAGUCUAAAUAAGCAGAGCUCGAAAAAAACCUAACAGGUCUGCAGAACCGAGUACAGUAAUUAUAUGGAAAAUAGAGCAUUUCGCAUGGUGGCGUUUCGAGUGAUACAUGUAUUAUUAAACAUUAUUAAACAGGAUAGAUAUUGUACAUAAACUUAUGACAGAAUUUGCAGAUAAAAAUUGAAGAGGUUCUAAGUCGCAGGAACCCUCUGCAACGGAAAUAAUGUACAUCACUCCGAAAAUCGCUGACCCCUGAACUCGAAAGGCACAUCAGUUUAAACUGUCUGAUAUAUAUGAUAUUCCAUUUUGAAGGCUCGAUUAUCUCGAUAGCCAAGUGUAUUUACACUAAUCACUUAAUUUCUCUCGUACUUCAAUGAUAUUCAUGUUUUCAAAAAUGUCAAGAACAAAUGUCUUCAAAUUUAGUUAUAAAAGCAGGGAUUAUAUGGAAAGUUGUUCUGAACCACAGUAAAAUUAUUUUUAUCUUCAAUUCAACAUAAAUAAUUUACUUUUUUCUUAUAAAACGGAUUUUAAUUAACUGCGUAUUUUUUUUUCUCUAGAGGGAGUCGCUAAGAACUACCAUUGUCUAGAUUUACAAAAUUUUUAACCAGCAUAAACAUUUUUAUUAUCAUUUGAAAUGGCUAAAUAAUUGUCACCUUGUACUGCUGGGAGUUUACACUCGAUGUAAUAGUUCUGUCAGUGCACACUGAUAUCGCUUGGCUGUUUCUCACGGUUUUGAACAAAUACCAGAUAAGUAAUAAAGUAAAAACGUGUACAUAAGAGGACAAAUUCGGAAGAAUAUAAUCGACAACUGACUUUCUUGAUACAGUACUCUCAAAAGGUCCCAUUUGUAUCGUUAUAAUGUAUACGUAUGUAUGUAUGUAUGUAUGUACAUUGAUAGGAUUUCUAGUAAGCUAUUUCUAUUAAUCAUGUUCUUUCUUUCAACCGUUUUUGGACGAAUUUUGCCUUUCUUUUUUUCUUCUUCUUCAUGUAUAGCGAUCAUCAACGCGGCUCGGAGGAUUUACAAAUAAAUACAAUCCUUAAUCACGUCUCUACAGGGAGCCAUUAAAAGUAUAUAAUUCGAUAGAAAUUUACAUAUUCGUCACGAGUCGUCAAUAUCAAGAAUAGGUGACAGCGUCGUUGGAUAGCGACUCAACCACCUAAUCGCGAUCAAAAUCUCCGCUGCGCUUUUAUCAUUUAGAUCAGUUUAUAAAAAUGAUGGGAACAAUUAAGCGAGCAGCCGUUUUCUGUCAUUAUUCACUGUGUCGCAGUCGUGUACUCUGGCCGACACGAGCGCAGUAACCGGGGCUUCAAAAAUAAACUUUAUUUAGUAAAAAUAAGAAGAGACGUGUUGAAUUACAAAUGUAAGACCUACUGUCUUAGGUCCUAGUUCUAUAAAUAUAUACAAUGACGUACCUAUUA